CGACAGUCAAAAUAUUUUUAUUGGUGAAUUUGUGUUAGAUGCAUAUUUGUUUAUAAAAAAUUGUUUUAUACCAUAUUUAUAAUUAAUAAGUUAAUGAAUCUACAUAUUAAACAUGGCAGAUAUCUUAGACAUAUUAGAUAUUGAACAACCAGCAUCUGAAGUGACCAGGGAUAGUAUUAUUCAUGGAGAUAAAAACAAAAAGAAAUAUGUUACUGCAAAAGCAGUUCGCAGGCCUGAAGGAAUGCAUCGAGAAGUUUUCGCACUUUUGUACAAUGAUAAUAAGGAAUUACCACCUUUAAUGCCCACAGACACAGGCAAAGCAUAUAAACAGAAUAAAGCAAGGCUGGGAAUGCGUAAAGUCAGAAAAUGGGUUUGGGCACCAUUUACUAACCCUGCUCGCAAAGAUAAUGCUGUAUUUCACCACUGGAAGAGAGCUGCUGAUGAAGCUAAGGAGUAUCCCUUUGCGCAAUUCAACAAACAUGUUUCAAUACCAUCAUAUUCAGAAUCAGAAUACAAUCAGUACUUAAAGUCUGAGGACUGGAGCCAAGCAGAGACGGACCACUUAAUGGACUUAUGUCAACGGUUUGACUUGCGUUUCAUUGUAAUCCAUGACAGAUGGGACAGAGCUGCAUUUAGAGACAGGAGUAUUGAAGACUUAAAGGAGAGAUAUUAUCAUAUUUGUGCAACUUUGAGCAAGGUCAAAACAAAUCCGUGGUCAAACUCAGUCACCAUGGUCAAUGGAGAAAAACGAGUCUAUCAUUAUGAUGCUGAACAUGAAAAGAAAAGAAAGGAGCAAUUAAAGAGAUUGUUUGAGAGGACUCAAGAACAAAUAGAUGAAGAACAAAUGCUAUUAACAGAGUUAAAGAAAAUAGAGGCUAGGAAACGCGAAAGAGAACGUAAAACACAGGAUCUACAAAAACUAAUAUCAAGGGCUGAUACUGCCGGUAAUGGCCUUGGUACUAACAAUGUGAACCCCACUAGUGAAAAUGCAAAUACUCCAAGUACCCCGUCUUCGGCCAUAGCAAGACGCCAUGACAGAAAAUUGCACAAAAAGAAGCUUUCAACUCAGCAAAGGCCACUCCGCGCUGUUGAAACUGUAACAGUUGAAUGGUCGGGGAUUAAGUUCCCAGAGGCUCGUGGCACAGGUGUAUGGCUAAGGUCUCAACGAAUGAAGCUUCCUCCAGGGGUAGGUCAACGCAAAACCAAGGCAAUUGAACAAGAGUUACGAGCCAUGAAUAUAGAUAUAGCACCUACACCCACAGAAGCAGUGUGUAAACAUUUUAACGAGCUUCGCUCAGACUUGGCACUUGCCUUGGAUUUAAAGAAUGCAUUAGCAUCCUAUGAGUUUGAAUUGCAAGCACUUCGACAUCAAUAUGAAGCCCUCAAUCCAGGAAAGACAUUAACAAUCCCGCCAUCUUUAUGUAAUCUGAGCACAGAUAUUGACAGCAAGCCACCAGUAGAGAUCAUUGAUGUGGUUGGAUCACCCAGCACAUUAAACACUACUAUAUAGUUAAAAUGAUUUAAAUAAAAACGGUUAUAAUAAUAAAGCCUUUUAUUUUC